UAACCAGCCCUUUCCCCUCCCUCUCUCUAUCCCACACACAAACAGAAGAUAUAAAGGUAAGUGUUGAGAGUGUGCUUCAGUCACGGUGGACUCAUUGCUACAGCCUUCCUAUUCAACACUUCCACUCCGAGCAAAAUGGCCUGGGAAUAUUUUGGAUUCUCCCGCUCGUUAGAAAAGCAAAGGACUGAAUCUCCUUACACCCGCAUCAACAAUGCAGCUGACAUCUCUGUUAUUAUCAUCUACUUUCUGGUUGUCUUGGCUGUGGGAGUUAUUGCUAUGGUCCGCACCAAUCGAUCCACUGUGGGUGGCUUUUUCCUCGCAGGAAGGAGUAUGGUGUGGUGGCCAAUCGGAGCAUCACUCUUUGCCAGCAACAUUGGCAGUGGCCACUUUGUAGGGAUUGCUGGUACUGCUGCAGCUUCUGGAAUUGCUAUUGGUGGAUUUGAGUGGAACGCUCUUGUUGUUGUCAUCAUUCUGGGAUGGCUCUUUGUGCCGAUCUACAUCAAAGCUGGGGUGGUCACCAUGCCUGAGUACCUGAAGAAGAGGUUCGGAGGACAGCGCAUUCGUAUUUAUCUCUCAGUGCUCUCCCUCUUCCUCUACGUCUUCACAAAGAUCUCUGCCGACAUGUUCUCUGGUGCCAUUUUCAUCCAGCAGGCUCUUGGACUGAACAUCUACGUUGCUGUUAUCGCUCUAUUGGCGAUUACUGCGGUGUACACCGUCACAGGUGGACUGGCUGCGGUGAUAUAUACAGACACCUUGCAGACCAUCAUCAUGGUUAUUGGAUCCUUCAUUCUCAUGGGUUUUGCUUUCCAUGAAGUUGGGGGCUAUGAAAAGUUUGAGAUACGCUACAUGAAUGCGGUUCCCACAAUCAUCGGUAACAUCAGUGCAGAGUGCUACGAGCCUCGGAAAGAUGCCUUCCAUAUUUUUAGAGAUCCAAUAACAGGAGAUCUGCCUUGGCCUGGCCUGGUGUUUGGACUCACUAUCCAGGCCACCUGGUACUGGUGCACUGAUCAGGUGAUUGUCCAGCGUUGCCUCUCAGCCAAGAAUCUCUCUCAUGUGAAAGGAGGUUGCAUUUUGUGUGGUUACCUGAAGCUGCUGCCCAUGUUUCUCAUGGUUUUUCCUGGGAUGAUAAGCAGGAUCUUGUAUACUGGUGUGUGUGUUUUGAUGUUUCCAAGUUCUGUUGUCUUGAAGGAGAAAUCUGGUGUAAAACAACAAUUAAGUGUAAACAAUUUCUUAAAACAUUCAGAUGUGGUGGCAUGUGUGGUCCCGGAAGAAUGUAAUGCAUACUGUGGAACUAAGGUUGGAUGCAGCAACAUUGCCUAUCCCAAACUGGUUGUGGAUCUUAUGCCAAAUGGUCUGAGGGGUUUGAUGCUGUCAGUGAUGUUGGCCUCUUUAAUGAGCUCCCUCACUUCAAUAUUUAACAGUGCUAGUACUCUCUUCACCAUGGACAUUUAUACUAAGGUCCGUCCUCGUGCCAAAGAGAGGGAACUGAUGAUUGCUGGCAGGGUGUUUAUUGUGUUCCUCAUUGGUGUGAGCAUAGCCUGGAUCCCAGUGGUGCAGUCAGCCCAGAGUGGCCAGCUCUUCGACUACAUCCAGUCUAUCACCAGCUAUCUCACUCCACCUGUGGCCGCUGUCUUCUUGCUCGGCAUGUUCUGUAAACGAAUUAAUGAAGCUGGUGCCUUUUUCGGACUCACAAUUGGCCUAUUAAUAGGAUUAUCCAGGAUGAUUACAGAGUUUAUCUACGGGACAGGGAGCUGUGUCAACCCGACUAACUGUCCUACCAUCAUAUGUGGAGUGCACUACCUCUACUUUGGGAUGAUCCUGUUCCUUGUCUCUUGCAUCCUCAUAGUUGGAAUCUCCCUAAUGACCAAGCCCAUCGAUGACAAGCAUCUGUACCGAUUGUGCUGGAGUCUGAGGAACCGUACAGAGGAAAGAGUGGACAUUGAUCCAGAUGAUUGGAUUGAGGAUCAUGAUGACGACGACGACGGCAGUAAAACGGAUGUAGCAGAACCUGAGAAAAAGACAAAUAUGUUCAAGAAAGCACUAAUGGGCUUCUGCGGCCUGGAGGAGAGCAAAAAAGCACCAAAACUUACUCCAGAGCAGGAAGCAGAACUGAAGAAGCAGCUAACAGAUACAACAGAGAAGCCUCUCUGGAGGAACAUUGUCAAUGUAAAUGCAUUAAUUCUCCUGUGUGUCGCUGCAUUUUUUCAUGGAUUCUUUGGUUAGUCAAACCCCAUAAACAUUAAACUCUUGUGGAUACUAUAA